GACACAUUAGCGCAAAGAAAUCUCUGUCCGAAAAUUUAAGCCGAUCCGAUAUUAUACUCCUGAUUAUUUCUUUUCUUAUCGCAGGCUGGUGGACGCGCGCAGCGUCAUUCUCCUAUUUGCGCAAAUACACUGAAGUCACAAGAGCAUCACCAAAAACGAAGAGAAAUUGUAUCCUCAUUCCGAUUCCGAGCUGCUGAUUAAGGAGCUGUCUCUUACUUGGGUGUGAUCGCACACAAGAUGAGGAUCCUUUUGUUUCUGCUAGUGCUCUGCUCCCUGGCUUUGAGCUACACUGUGGGUGGGGACGUGUGUGUUUCGGGUCAUGACAGUGGGCCAGUGUUUGAAGAGCAGCCAUCCAGUCUGAUUUACCCAGAGGGGCUGCCUGAGGGCAAAGUGACACUUAAUUGCCAGGCAAGGGCCAGUCCUGCAGCCUCCUACAAGUGGCGUGUCAAUGGGACAGAUGUACUAAUAGAAGAAGACUCACAAUAUACUUUGGUGGCAGGGAACCUGGUGAUCAGUAACCCCCAACAUGGACGUGAUGCUGGCUCAUACCAGUGCCUUGCCAUCAACCGCUGUGGCACUAUCAUUAGCCGAGCAGCUAACCUCAAAUUUGGCUAUCUCCACGACUUUCCUUCAGAAAGCAGAAGUCCUCAGACUGUAUAUGAGGGAGUUGGGACGUUUCUUGCAUGCCAGCCUCCACCUCACUACCCAGCUCUCUCCUACCGUUGGAUCCUCAAUGACUUCCCUAGCUUUGUCCAGCCAGAUGGUGGAAGGUGGUUUGUGUCCCAGGCGACAGGCAACUUGUACCUGUCUAAUGCCAAAGUCAAUGACACAGGCAACUACUUCUGUCUCACCACCAUAAACCUGGACAUCACCACUAAGAGCACAUUCAGCAAAGCCAUUCAGCUCACAGUGCAAUCUGAUGCUAACCCCCGGAAAUCAGCCCCCAACAUCCGUGUGCGCUUUCCCUCUGAGACUUAUGCUUUGGCAGGUCACACCACACAGCUGGAGUGCUUUGCCUAUGGCAAUCCUACACCUAAAUUGCGCUGGAGGAAAGUGGAUGGAGUUUUAUCCUCCAAAGUUGGGGCAAGUGCAGAAAGCUCUAUCCUGACCAUUCCUGACCUAAGCUUUGAUGAUGAGGGCAUGUAUGAAUGUGAGGCUUAUAACUCAGAGGGACGCGAUAUACACCAGGGCCGCAUCUCUGUCCAAGCCCAACCAGAGUGGCUCCAGGUGAUGAGCGAUUCUGAGGUGGAAAUUAGCUCAGAGCUACACUGGAGUUGUCUGGCUGCAGGAAAACCAAGACCAUUAAUACGCUGGCUUCGCAACGGCCUACCUCUUAGCUCACAGGAUCGUGUGGAGGUGAAUAAUGGUCACCUAAAAAUUAGUAACUUGGCACUGGAGGAUUCUGGGAUGUACCAAUGUGUGGCUGAGAACAAGCAUGGCACCAUCUACUUUAAUGCAGAACUCAGAGUUCAAGUCCAGGCUCCAGAUUUUAGGCUCAACCCAGUGAGAAAGCUGGUCCCUGCUGCUCGUGGAGGCCAGGUGAAGAUGGAGUGUAAACCACGUGCCGCUCCUAAACCCACUCUCUUCUGGAGCCGUGGCACAGAACUCCUUACCAAUAGCAGCAGGGUUACGGUCACACCAGACGGGGUUCUGUGGAUUUAUAACAUCAGCCGUGCAGAUGAAGGAAAGUACACUUGCUUUGCAGAGAAUUACUUAGGCAAAGCCAACAGCACCGGCCAUCUGUCAGUCAGAGAUGCAACCAAAAUUACACUGGCACCUUCCAAUGCUGACAUCAACCAGGGGGAUAAUGUCACGCUACAGUGUCACGCAUCACAUGAUCCAACCAUGGACCUCACCUUCACUUGGUCCCUCAAUGGGGUUUUGCUAGACCUGGAGCAACCAAAUGGACGCUAUCAUCGUAUGGAUGGGAAAGAAACCGUCGGUGACCUGGUCAUUAUGAAUGUACAAUUAAGCCAAGCAGGCAUCUACACAUGCACAGCGCAGACGGUGGUAGACAGUGCAACGGCAUCUGCCAGACUGGUUGUUAGGGGCCCUCCUGGGCCUCCUGGAGGUUUGGUGGUUAAGAAUGUGAAUGAAACAUCACUGGAGCUAAGGUGGAGUCGUGGCUAUGACAACCACAGCCCCAUCGGGAAAUAUGUCAUCUUGGGCCGUUCUGAGCAUUCACAUGACUGGAGGACAAUGAGGACAGAACCUGCUAAUAUCGAGGGCAAUGCUGAAUCUGCACGUGUGAUUGACUUACGUCCAUGGAUGGACUAUCAGUUCCAGGUCAUCGCCAGCAACAUUUUGGGUAGUGGGGAACCCAGCAUGUCUUCACAAACAAUUCGUACCAAGCAGGCAGCACCAACAGUGGCACCUAGUGGUCUGGGUGGAGGAGGAGGCGAUCGCAAUGAACUCAUCAUCACAUGGACACCCAUGGCAAGGGAGUAUCAAAAUGGUGAUGGCUUUGGCUACAUCUUGGCAUUUAAGAAGUCGGAGGCACCAACAUGGAUGGUGGUGCGUGUUCCUAACGUGGAGUCUUCACGUUAUGUCUACAGUAACCAGAGUCUCAUGCCAUACUGCCCCUUUGAAGUUAAAAUAAAAGCCUACAACAGGAAAGGUGAAGGCCCUUUCAGUCAGAUAGCCAUGGUGCACUCGGCUGAAGAGGAGCCCACAGUGUCACCCCGCAAGAUCAAUGCCUCAGCAUUAACAGCCUUUGAAAUACAGGUGUCUUGGGAACCUGUUCAGCAUUUCGUCAGCAAUGGAGUACUGCGUGGCUAUGAGAUCCGGUACUGGCGGCAGCAUGAGAGGGAAGCUGCAGCAGACCGUGUGCGAACAGCUGGUCUGGAGAAUACAGCACGGGUGGCUGGAUUAAGACCCAACACACUUUAUCACAUCACUGUUCAGGCCUAUAACAGUGCUGGCACUGGACCACCCUCUCCACGCACUACUGUCAUCACCAAGAAACCCCCCCCUAACCGCCCUCCAGGGAAUGUUUCAUGGAAGACAGAUAGUUCAUGGGUAACAGUGAGAUGGGAUCAUGUUAAAUCUAUGGAAAAUGAGUCUACAGUGCAGGGCUACAAAGUCUUAUACAAGCAUGAGGGACAGUCAGCUCUAAAGGUCUUAGACAAAAGCAAGACAUCAAUCAGUCUUCCACUUCCCAAAGAUAAUGGCUAUGUGGUCCUGGAAAUCCGAUCUUGGGGAGAGGGAGGUGAUGGGGCAGCUCACGAGAUAAUAGUAUCUCGAGAUUCAGGAACUGGAAUGAUGGUUCAGAACAACAGUGUGGGAACCUCCAGAUGCUACAGCAUAUUAUUUUUGCUCUGCCAUGCUAUGGUUGUAUUUGUAACUGGCUUAUCUGUGCUAUGAUUAGCCAGUACAAAUGUAAUACCCCAUAGAUACUGGCUGGUUACGUGCCAGGUAGGGUGUGACUUUAAGAAGUGGGGACUCCAAUUAAGGAGGUUGGGGGAGGGUGAGUGCCUGGGGUUUGAUUACAAAAUAUGGCAAACAUUAUUUGACUUACUCUUUUGUAUGAAAAAUUAUUUUUAACAAGAACAACUAGUGUUCAUUUUAGUCAUCAUUAGACUUAAUUGAUAACCGGCACAUUGAUUUGUACAGGACAAGAUCAAUAUACCUACACUGGGCCUCAUUUAUCAGUUUUUCAGUAAAGUUUGUAUAUAUUUCCUUAAGUCUAUCUGAACUAAAUUAGUGUCAGAGAAAUUCCAGAGACAUCACAAGAUUACACAGCAAAUUGACCAAUCUUCAGACACAUGAGACCUAUCAGGCACUUACUGGUAGUGGCUCUAAUAAAGAGUAGCAAUAAAUUGAGAUAGCAUGGAAAAUGUAACCAAUAUAUACAGCUAAUUUAAGCUGCCACUUUUCCAUGUAUUAGAGCGACAUUCUUUUUUCAUAUUCGGUAUUCCUUUAGUUGAUGCCAUUAAUAUGAAAUUCCUGUGUUUAAAUUUGUGUAUACCUAUAUAUAGCAUGAACUAUACCUGAACUAUAUAAUUUCAAACCACUCAGUUGAGGUUUAAAUUAAUUAGUCUUCUUAUGGGAAGAUUUAGGAGGCACGGUGGCUUAGUGGUUAGCACAUUCGCCUCACACCUCCAGGGUUGGGGGUUCGAUUCCCGCCUCCACCUUGUGUGUGUGGAGUUUGCAUGUUCUCCCCGUGCCUCGGGGGUUUCCUCCGGGUACUCCAGUUUCCUCCCCCGGUCCAAAGACAUGCAUGGUAGGUUGAUUGGCAUCUCUGGAAAAUUGUCCCUAGUGUGUGAUUGCGUGAGUGAAUGAGAUUGUGUGUGUGCCCUGUGAUGGGUUGGCACUCUGUCCAGGGUGUAUCCUGCCUUGAUGCCCGAUGACGCCUGAGAUAGGCACAGGCUCCCCGUGACCCGAGGUAGUUCGGAUAAGCGGUAGAAAAUGAAUGAAUGAAUGAAUGAAUGAAUGAAUGAAUGAAUGGGAAGAUUUACACAUUCAUUAACAUGUGUAAGAUAUGAACUUUUUUGGGAAAUUAUAGCAUUUUCUUGAAUACCAAUUUUAUUGUAGAAAUGCUCCUAUGAAGGUUUUACAUAUAAAUCCUUUCAUAUCCAACAUGACAAAUGAGGCCCAAUGUUUGGAUGAUACGUUCAUGAUGGUAUACUGACACCAUGUGAAUCACCAUGUAGAAAAAUGCUCUUUUUUAUAAGUUGUUGCCAGUGUUUGGCAGCAUGAGGAUUGUAUCUAAAUGAGUAUUCAUAGGAAAGUUUACUUUCCUAAAUGGUUAAAAAAUCAUAUACUGAUUAUAUGGUCACUCUUGAAACAUUACAUAGCCAACACAAACUGAACAACAUCAACUUAUUCUUACAAUGUGCACCCAAGUGAGUGUGUGUGAGACAGGUUUAGGUUGCCAUAGACACAGUGGUUCAACAAAAUAAUGUCUGAUAAUAAAGGCGGUAUGGCUUAUGAGGUAUCUUAUUAUCUUUAUACAUCAGGGUUAUUUAGUUAUCAAAACCAUUAUUAUCACAGUUUCUUUAUCAAGUGUUAUGUAAAAGAAUCAAUAACCAGAAAUAAAGUGUUUGCCAGACAUGCUGUAAAAAGUCCAUGGAGACUGAUGUUAUACAGUACAAUGCAGUGGGUUAGAGUGCACUUCAGUUAAUCAUCUUACUGUGGUAAUAUUUAUGGCACUAUUAUUCAUCUUAUUUAUGUGCCGUAUAGAUUUGCACAUGCAUGGCCUAGUUGUGAAGAAAGAUUUACAGACAAAUGGGAAAAAUCAUAAUUUUCUGUUAUUUCCAAUAUUGAUCGGAUCAGGACUACCCCAGUAUAUUUACGUUUUUUAUUUUUACCUGCACUUUCCACAUCAGAGAUACAGUACUUUUAUUUACCUGUCUUGCUUUUUGAAACAAAUCAAAGACAAUCUAUAAGUAUUCGAUAUAACUACAUUUACCAUGAAUAUGAUCUAUAGAUAUACAGGGUCAAUUUACAAUUGUACAUCAUAGCAAAGUCUAAUACAACCCUUUUCCUGUCACUGAAUAAAAACUGUUUUUAUUUAUUCUAAUUAUUAUAUGUUUUUGGAAACUUGAAUAAUCAGUCAUGAUCCACACACAUGUGUAAAAUGUUUAACUUGAAAAACGGUACUCAUUUAUCUUCUGUGUCCAGUUUAUUCCCCAAUUAAUUUGUCUAGUCAUAUUCACUAAAUAACUCAUAUUCCUCCUUCAUUUUCACUCAGAGUAUAUUAGCAACACCAUUUAGAGACAGCAGGGACCAAGUACUAAAAUCAUCUAGACAAAAUAUAAUCUUGUAUUUGAGAAACUUUCUUGAGAAAACUCCAAAAAUUAAAUGUGCAGUAGGCCUCAUGUGUUUUAUUUAUUAUUACCAUAGUGAUUCACAUAGUUUUUUUCAUGCUAACCUAAAAUUAGUUCAUUGCAGCUACAGAACAAACAAACAAAAAAAAACAUAAAUUACAUAAAGCAUUGGUUACAGUUCAAUAAAAUGAAUAAACCUCCAUAUUUAGUGCCAUUUGAUGUUACAAUGGGUUAACAUUUUGAACUACUAUAUAUUGUAAAUAUCUGGUUGACAAUGUCCAGUGUGAAUUGAAUGAGCUUUUCAUUAAAUGGAACUUGUAAAUAUUCUUCAAUAAAG